GCUACUUCCGGUCUGGUUUCUGGUUCCUUCUGGCAUCUUGGGUCGAUUAUGGGCUGUUUCACCAUUUCUAAAGGCUAAAAGAUUCCGCUUUAACAUCAGACACUGAGAUCAGCCGGAACCGGGCCGGAACCGAACCCCCGGACUGAAGAGACUUGCAUCAACUUGGCAGGAUAUUAUGACCUCUGACCUCUGAUAGUUUGGGGUUGGAGGGUCUCAGUCAUCAAUAGAACAUCUUGACCUGUAACUGGGUCAGAACCAGUUACAGGGAUGGAGAUGACAGAGAAGGAGCGGCGGCAGGUGGAGGAGCAGGUGGAGCAGCUGCUGAGCGGCCAGGGGUCAGAGGUCACGCUGUGUGACCUGGGUCUGGAGCUGAGCAAGCCAGCGACUCUGAGGAAGAACGUGACCUACAUCGUCUGCGGCGUCGUUUUCAACGAGCAGGAGGAGGUGCUGAUGGUGCAGGAGGCGAAGCCCGACUGCUACAAGCAGUGGUACCUCCCAGCAGGGCGGGUGGAGGUGGGGGAGAGCCUGCAGGAGGCGCUGCGGAGGGAGGUGAAGGAGGAGGCGGGGUUCGACUGCCAACCAAUCACGUUGCUGCUGAUCCAGGAACAGGGACCGCAGUGGAUCCGCUUCAUCUUCUUGGCCCGCAUCACAGGAGGAAGCAUGAAGACGCUGACGGCGGCGGACCAGGAGUCUCUGCAGGCGUCCUGGUGGGACAGACAGUCCAGCCUGUCCCUCAGGGGGCGGGACAUCCUGCGGCUCAUCGACUACGGACUCAGGUCAGACCCAAAGGCUCCGACCAGAACCCCGGUGACCACCUGCACAGGUCAAAGAUUAAAUCGGGUCUGCCCCGUUCUGACCUCUGACCCUGCUGGCUUCAGGUACCACCGGAGCCCCUGGCACGCCGCCUCGCUGCCUCUGGACCUGAGCUGCCGCCACAUCGUCCAGCGGACGCUGCUGCUGUUCGUCGGCGCUGAGAAGCGGGUCUGGAUCCUGCUGGUCCAAGCCCCGACCCCCCACCUGCCCACGGCGGCGGCCCUGAAGACCCACGCCGUGACGUGGGCGGCCAACAUGGCGGUGCAGGAGGCGUUGCCGGCAUCGUACUACGACCACGACGUCGCCACGCUGGGCGUCCUCAGCCUGCAGCACAACGGCCGGCAGCACGGCCGCACCGACGGCGUCUGCUUCAACACGCUGGCCGCGCUGGCGCCCGACCGGCCGCAGCGGGACGAGGACGGCCUGGCGGCGGAGCGGCCGGCGCCGACCGCGCCUCCGCCGGUGGAGAACUCGCGCUACGUCUGGAUGGAGGUCCAGGCGCCGGCGCUGAGGGAGGAGCUGCUGCGGCAGAGCCAGAACCCGACCCUGCUCCCGAUCCAAAGCCUGUACUGACCCCACAGGAAGUGGGGUCAGUACAGGCUUUUAUUCUGAAAUGCAAUAAGGCUGAAAUGCAUGAAGGCUUUUAUUCUGAAAUGCAAUGAUGGCAGGCCGACAGGCCGGGCCAAACCGGCCGGUCCGAACCCGCCGGGCCUUCAGAACCUGGUUUUAACAGAACCUGAACAGAUUUGGGACGAGUUUCAGAAUAAAAGCCUUGAAAAUGGUCAAGCCAUAAAGAGACUCCGGGUUCUGCAGGCCAAACGGGUCGGAACGGUUCUGCUCAACAGGAAAAACACACAUGAUGAAUACGGAGGCCUGAAGGGGACAAAACAAAUAAAAACAAAAAGUUUCAGCACCAGUUUUACAACAGAUUUGGUUUUUUAAACAUUUUAAAAGACACUCGCACUUUGAUGAAAGUAACUUAAAAUAUGUAGCUGUUUGUUUGCACCGUUUCUUAUUGAUGAUGUCACAUUAAUGAUAUUUUUAUAUUGUUUCAUCCUUUAACAAUAAUUCAAUUAAAUCAUUAAAUAUGUCAUAAAAUAAAUAAAAGUUUAAUUGAUUUAUGCUGUAACAAAAUUCAAAAUCAACAUUUUCUUUUAUUUUCUUACCAUUAAAUAGUUUUAGUUAUUUCACGUUUUUUAUAUUUAUGUUUCUGUGGAAAUUGUGACAUUUGUGAUAUUGAAUAAUUUCUCCAAAAUGAUUUGUGACAGAAACAAUAAAUUAAUUAUGCAAAUAAAUUAUUUAAACCUUA